UACCAUCGCAAGUCGAAAUCAGGUUGCACCAACUGCAGGCAACGAAGAAUCAAGGCUCAAGUAGUGUGACGAAGCACAAGGCGGCUGCAUGAAUUGUCAGAAGCGCAACUACAUAUGUAGUCUCCGUACCUUCGACGCAGCAGUAUGCCCAACUACAAAGCAUGUUCAAAACCUGCAUCAGCAGCCCAACGCUCUUCUACUAUCACCAACAGAACCUCACUUUACGAAUGUGCUUCUACAACAAGAUAUUUUGAGUCGGCUACCCAAGUCGAUCCGCCCUUAUGCUGCUACGCUUCUUCAUCACUUUUCGAGCAAUACUGUCACAACAAUGGGUUUCGGUACAACACCUCAGCAAGCAUGGUGUACAGCAAUACCAGACAUGGCACUAAAGCAUGACUUCGUGAUUCACGGGGUUCUGGCUAUUGCAGCUCUGCAUCUAUCAACGACCUUAGAUUCUGCGGAUGCAAGAGAAGGAUAUCAGAACAUGGCAGCGCUGGAGCUAAAUGCAGGUCUGAUGCGAUAUAUGAAUGAAGUCCGAAAAGUUACCAGCGACAACGUUGAAGCUCUAUUUGCUUUUUCCACUGCGAUAUCAUUGUUCAAUACUUUCCAGGCCAGGAAUGAGUGUCGCAGCCUUGUCGGGUCGAAGCACGCGGAUCCUUACACUCCUUUAUCGGCGCACAUGACGGUCUCCGAAGCAGUACAAAUCGUAUGCCGCGCUCUACGGACUUUACGAGGAGCUCAACUGAUCUUAGUGCCUGGCUGGAGCAAACUCCAAGAUGGUCCCCUGCGUUCCGUGGUGCGGCGCGAGUCGUGGUCUGCUGCCAUCCCAGUCACAAACGCACAUCUCGACGAGGAAAAACGUUUGAGGAUCUUAGAGUCAAUGUGGUCAAACACCCAUCGAUCCUACGAAGAUCACUUCGAUACACUUCGGCAGACCUGGCAGAGUCUAUGCGGAUCCUUUGCGAUAGUCUGGAGCUUAUUAGAUACCGCUCCUUCGAGCCACUCAUCCUCUGGGCCGUCCUUCGAUUGGACAUCGAUAUUUCAUUUCUCAGUCCAAUGCUCUCUUGCAUUCGCAAGUCUACUUGAGCAGCAGUGCAUCGAAGCUUGGGUACUUGUGGCUCACUAUGGAAUCUUGCACGCAGAAGUGGAAGGGUUGUGGUGGCUUGAUGGAUCGGCUGCCAACUUGGUAGCAACAGCAGCUUUGGUAAUUGGAACUAACAACUGGAAAUGGAUCGCCUGGCCAGCCGCCAGAGUUGGCACCGAUCUGGAGAGCUUACGAUCUAUGGCUCUUGUCCGUCCCAAGGUCUGUUCAUGAGAUCUGUCGGCUAUAAGAGCGAACGACUCAUUCAUAAAACAAAGUCUGCGUCGGGAACGCCGCAACCUUGGAGAAGCCAAAAUCUCGUGCGCAUCAUAGCCUCCAAGUAGCGAUAACAACCACGGAACGCACUCAGCGUCGCAAGCAAGACUGUUCGUAGCGACUGACAUCCCAUUUGGACCAUAACCGUGCCUUCCGGUAACGCCAAGAGUCAUAAA